AUGGAUAUGCCACCAAUUCAUAUGUGUGUAUUUUUAAGUCAUGAACAUCAACAAUUAAAAACAAAAAUAAGUGAACUUAAAAAUAAUAUUAUUCAUCUGGAACAAAUCAUAGCUGAAAAAAAUCUAAAUAAAAAGCAUUCAACUUCAAUUUCAUGUCAAACAGAUAUUAUUAUUCAACAUCAUUCACUUCUACCAAAACCCGUAAGAUCAUCUUCUGACGAAGAAAAUCAUUUACAUCGUCUUGUGAAUGCUCAAAAUGAAUUAUUAAAAAAAUAUGAAAAUGAAGCUAUACAUAAACGUCAACAACAAUUACAAGUUUUACCUCAGUCUACACUUAUUGAUGAUUAUGAACGUCGUUUAGUGCAUUGUCAAAAAGAAAAAGAACAAGCUGAACGACGAGCUAUAUCUGCUCAAAAACGUAUGACUAAAUUAGAAGGACGAUAUGAAAAUAUGCGUCAAAAAAUGAAUAUAUUUGAUGAUGGUUUUUUCGAAGAAGUCAAUGAUCUUAAAUUUGCUUUACAACAAGCAACAAGUCUUAGUCAAGAAUAUGAAAAAACAAUACAAAUGUUAAGUGCUCGACUUGGUAUUACCUAUCCAAUAAAAGAUUCUUAA